AUGUGCCAGUCGCACACGAUUCACAACCUCUGCGGUCACACCAAGAUCAAAACAAUUGUCCAGUGCGCUGAAAUGACGGAACGCCUCUUGAAAGGCGCAUUGGAGAACCAAAGGACGCUAAUAAAUGGUCGAGUGGUUGAUUUUGCAGACUUUAACGAGAAGACAAAAUGCACACAUCAACUCUUUGUGGAUGUUUCUGAUACCUUGCACAUUUUUCCAGAUAUGUGUGAUCAAUGCAAGAGUUCUGGGGUGGUCGGAAACUGGAUGGAACAAGACCCCGGUGCCAAGCUUCAGAUAUUUCGAUCCUGGAGAUUGAAACGUCGCGCAGCGGUCCAUGCAGCACCACACGAGGUCCAGUCGAAUGCAAAUGGCACCCGGGAUGAAGCGUGCAAGGACAUUGAAGACAAUGAAUCAGAGACUCUUCAGUUCAUUGCCCCUCCCAACGUUUCUGGUGAGUCGACAAUUGGUUCGAAGUCUCCAUCAUCACAGUCAUCGCAGGCCAGAGUGCAGAGCGUCGCGUCGAGUGUGACGAAAGAUAGCACGACGCCCUCGUUGCACGACGUCAAAACCCGUGUGGACCGGCUGAGAGCUAGAGCAGACCAUCUCAUUGCGAAGAUUUCUGUUCAAAGUGCAGCCUGGAGUCUGCAAAGCUCAACG